AUGGGCCCCUCGACCCCGCUGCAUCGAAGCCGCACAUGCCCAAACCAGCCAGGUUGGUUUGCAAAGCCUACAGGAAAGAAGACAUCUGCAAGUCCUCAUGGGGACAUGAAGGCAGCAUUUAUGGCUGAAAUGAAAGCUGAAAACAUCAAGCAGUUUCUUUACAAUUUUACACGGCUUCCUCACCUGGCAGGAACGAAGGAGAAUCUGCAUCUGGCACAGCAAGUCCAAGCUGAAUGGAAGGAGUUUGGAUUGGAUUCUGUUCAGUUGGUUCAUUAUGAUGUCUUGCUCUCUUACCCUGAUGACACUAAGCCCAAUUACAUCUCCAUAAUUGAUGAGUAUGGAAACGAGAUUUUCAACACAUCAUUAUCUGAGCCUCCUCCUCCAGGAUAUGAAGGUGUUAAAGACGUGGUGCCACCCUACAGUGCAUUUUCAGCCCAAGGAAUACCUGAGGGUGAGUUAGUGUAUGUGAAUUACGGCCGCACCGAGGACUUCUUUAAGCUUGAACGUGAAAUGGGAAUUGACUGCACAGGAAAGAUUGUUAUUGCCAGGUAUGGGAAGAUCUUCAGAGGAAAUAAGGUGAAGAAUGCUGAACUGGCAGGUGCCAAGGGAAUUAUUCUGUACUCUGACCCUGCUGACUACUGCGCCCCAGGAACAGAUCCCUAUCCAAAUGGCUGGAACCUUCCAGGUGGAGGAGCCCAGCGUGGAAAUGUUUUAAACCUCAAUGGGGCAGGGGAUCCUCUGACACCAGGUUAUCCUGCGAAGGAAUACACCCACCGACUUGACAAAGCCAGUGGUGUAGGUCUCCCAAAAAUUCCAGUUCAUCCCAUUGGCUAUCAUGAUGCUGAGACAUUACUUCGUAAUAUGGGAGGAUAUGCACCUCCACAUAGUAGCUGGAAAGGAAAUUUGAAUGUAUCUUACAACGUUGGUCCCGGUUUCACAACAAAUUAUUCUACAAGCAAGGUGAAAAUGCACAUUCAUAGCCACAACAAAGUUACAAGGAUUUACAACGUGAUUGGUACCAUCAGAGGCACAGUGGAACCAGACAGGUAUGUCAUCCUGGGAGGCCACCGUGACUCAUGGGUAUUUGGUGGCAUUGAUCCCCAGAGUGGGGCAGCUGUGGUUCAUGAGAUUGUGAGGAGCUUUGGAACACUGAACAAGAGAGGAUGGAGGCCAAGGAGAACAGUGAUAUUUGCAAGCUGGGAUGCAGAAGAAUUUGGCUUGUUUGGGUCGACAGAGUGGGCUGAGGAAAAUGCCAAAGUAUUGCAAGCACGAGGAGUGGCUUAUAUCAAUGCAGAUUCCUCCAUUGAAGGAAACUACACACUUCGAGUGGAUUGCACACCACUGAUGUACAGACUAGUGUACAGUCUGACUAAAGAGAUACCAAGUCCGGAUGAAGAGUUUGAAGGAAAAUCUCUUUAUGAGAGCUGGUAUAAAAAAAAUCCAUCAAAAGAAUAUAAAGAGGUCCCCAGAAUAAAUAAACUGGGUUCUGGCAAUGACUUUGAAGUCUUUUUUCAACGUCUUGGCAUUGCUUCAGGAAGAGCACGUUACAGUAAAAAUUGGGAUGUAGAAAAAUACAGCAGCUAUCCAGUUUACCACAGUGUCUAUGAGACCUAUGAAAUUGUGGAGAAGUUUUAUGAUCCCACUUUCAAGAAUCAUCUGACAGUAGCUCAGGUACGGGGAGGGCUGGUGUUUGAAUUGGCCAACUCCGUUGUGCUUCCUUUUGACUGUAGGGAUUAUGCAUCAGCUGUGAACAACUAUGCUCACGUCAUCUAUAAUUUGUCAAGGAAUCAUGAAGAGGAAGUGGCAACAUACAAUGUAUCCUUUGAUGCUCUCUUUUCAGCUGUGAAGAAUUUUACAGAAGUUGCUGCUAGCUUUCAUGAAAGACUGAAACAAAUAGAUAUCAAUAACCUACUUGCUGUCAGAUCAGUAAAUGAUCAGCUCAUGUAUCUAGAAAGGGCUUUCAUCGAUCCUCUCGGAUUGCCUGGCAGGCCAUUCUAUAGACAUGUGAUCUUUGCUCCAAGCAGCCAUAACAAGUAUGCAGGAGAAUCAUUCCCAGGGAUCUAUGAUGCCAUGUUUGACAUUAAAAACAAAGCUGAUCAACAUGAAGCCUGGGAAGAAGUGAAGAGGCAGAUUUCCAUUGCAGCCUUCACUGUGCAGGCAGCAGCAGAGACACUGAAAGAAGCCACAUAA